CACCUGUUGGCUGUGAUCUCCCAGCAGAGUGCAGUGGUCGGGCUUGCUGGGGUGCUUCACUGUUGCGGGAAGGGAAGGGGAGUGGUUGCGAUCCGGACCUUUCCCAGUCCCACUCGCAGUAGCGACCGCCAGAAGCUGGAAGCAACAAGUGGCCGGGGCAAAGCUGCGAAAGACCUGCUGGUGAUCGCGGUGCCGGAUCCCCGCGGGCAGGCCCUCCCGGAGCCGCGGCCCUUCCUACGGAGGAUUCCGUCCGAUGGGACACGAGGCUUGAAAGGAGGAUGAACAUUUGGCAUUCCGUUACUUCAGAAACAUUUUGUUAAUGCAAAGCAAUUUGCAUUGAUCAGUACAGUUAAUGCAUUCUCUCAGCAAAAUAAAGGAUGCAGUUCAUUAUCAAAAGUGGAUGAAAACUACUGCUGUUUCUUGACAUUAAGUUGGAUGAAAUUGUGCUUCAUUGCUCUUCCACAAUGAAAAGUUCAUCGCAGAUCCCCGUCUGUUUGUUAAUCCUACUAGUGAUACAUUCAAGCCAGGGUCACAGUCUUUUCACUUGUGAGCCCAUAACCAUCCAUCGGUGUGAAGGUCUCUCAUAUAAUAUGACAUUUUUCCCCAAUAAAUUGGAACACUAUGAUCAAGACAUUGCAGCAGUCGCAAUGGAGCCCUUCCUGCCUCUUAUAAAUCUGCUUUGUUCACCGGACGUGAGAGCGUUUCUGUGCAGUGCCUUCGUGCCAGCCUGCACUGAAGAACAUCAGAUUAUCCCACCUUGUCGAAAGCUUUGUGAGAAAGUUUUCCAGGACUGUGAAAAACUGAUUGAGACAUUUGGGAUCACAUGGCCGGAGGAACUGCAGUGUGAUCGGUUAGAAGAUUGUAUUGAUGGCCAACACUCUUCAGCAGUCGCUUCAACUUCAAGAUCAGCCACAGAGAAGACUUCACAAAUGGUAGUGAAGGACUAUGGAUUUUGGUGUCCACGACCUUUGAAAAACCCGACUGGGCACGGUAGUUCAUUUCUUGGUGUAGGUGACUGUUUGCCACCAUGUCCUAACAUGUACUUCAAAGAAGAUGAACUGAAUUUUGCCAAAUAUUUUAUUGGAGUUGUUUCCAUAUUUUGUCUGUGUUCAACUCUCUUUACAUUCUUGACUUUUCUUAUUGAUGUUAGAAGAUUUCGUUACCCUGAGCGACCUAUCAUUUUCUAUGCAGUAUGUUACAGCAUGGUAUCUCUGAUGUACUUUGUUGGUUUUGUUGCUGGUAAUAACAUAGUCUGCAAUAAGGCAGAUGAGAAAUUGGGUACCAUGGAAACAGUUGUCAUAGGUGCACAGAGCAAAGGAUGCACAAUCCUUUUUAUGUUGUUGUAUUUCUUUACCAUGUCAGGAACUGUUUGGUGGGUAAUUCUGACCAUAACCUGGUUCCUGGCAGCAGGACUGAAAUGGAGUUGUGAAGCUAUUGAACAGAAAGCAUUGUGGUACCAUUCUGUUGCCUGGGGAAUGCCUGGGAUAUUCACAAUAAUGCUGCUUGCCUUGAACAAAGUUGAAGGUGACAAUAUCAGUGGGGUAUGCUUUGUUGGACUGUAUGACUUGAGUGCUUUGCGUUAUUUUAUCCUGACACCAUUGUGCCUCUGUGUGGUGGUGGGAUUGUCCCUCCUUUUGGCAGGAAUUAUAUCCUUGAAUCACGUAAGGCAGGUGAUCCAACAUGAUGGAAGAAAUCAGGAGAAGCUCAAGAAAUUCAUGAUUCGAAUUGGAGUUUUUAGUGGGCUAUACUUGGUGCCAUUGGUAGCGCUCCUGGGAUGUUAUAUUUAUGAGCAAGCUCUUCGGACAACCUGGGAAACGACGUGGGUUCAUGAUUACUGUCAAGAUUAUCCCAUUCCGUGUCCCAAUCAGGUUGAAACUCUGACUAGACCUGACUUGUCUCUUUUUAUGAUGAAAUACCUGAUGACUCUAAUUGUCGGUAUACCAGCAGUUUUCUGGGUUGGCAGUAGGAAGACCUGUUCUGAAUGGGCCAAUUUCUUUCAGAGCGCUCGCAAGCGAGACCCAAUAACUGAAAGUCGCAGAGUGCUGCAGGAGUCCUGUGAAUUUUUCCUAAAGCACAAUUCCAAAGUACAGCACAAGAAGAAACACAAGUCAAGUUCCCAUAAACUCAGGGUAAUCUCUAAAUCCAUGGGGACGUCCACCAUGGGUGUGGCAGGUCAUGGGACGUCCUUGCCUGCAGCCAGUCCAGGGACACUUUCAGAAGCUAAACCUUUCCUUGAAAUCAAUGAGCAUGAUACUCUCCUGCCUGAAAUGCCUUCUACAUUGAACGUCUCCACUGGGGAACAAGCUUCUAUCAGUUUAUUGGGCCAAGCAAUGUCUGCUGACUUGCCAGAGAAAAGAAGUAAAGAGGGCAACAGUUCUGGUGGACUAAGCAUCCAGUCUGAAGGCUUGCAGCGUGUCCCAGAUGGAAGAUUAACACCAAGUGGCAACUUCGCUGAGGACUCUACGCUGCAAAGUAGCUAUGCCCUUGUGCCACACUAUUCACGUCCCACAAGCAGCAAGGGCUGCGCUUCUCUUGUUGUGCAUGCAUUGCCGGAAUUCAGCAAAGUUGAAGACCCUGGGAAUGAUGACUCAAAUGCCUGAGGAUUCUUGCUUUGAACCAUUUGCUUUACAUAGCUUUGUAAAAUAUUUUGACCACAGCAUAUUCUUUGUGAACUUAGUACCCUCUAUGCUUUAUUUUGUAAGCUACUUACAGUCUUCUUUUAAGAACAGUAAUUUAAGUGCAUUAAAUCUUAAAUAGUUUGAGCAUAAGUAAAUCUAAAGUUUAAUAUAAAUGGGCAAUUACUACAGACUUUAAAAACACUAUAAAAUAGCAUGAGUUGAACCAUUUUUACACUUCCAGGCAAGUAUUUUUUUGAUAUCAUGGUGAUCUUCAUUUUAUACUUAAAUGUUAGUUUUGUGUUAAGGGGAGAAAGGAGUUUAGUGAAUAUUUUGUCAUAUUUUUGUGCAGUGUAAAGUAUUCUUAGGUGGCAUAUUUUUCUGUUCAAUCAAACGGUAGCUAAUAUUGUUAAAUUCAAAUGUUCUUUUUCAUCUUGUAUACUUGAUUAUGUAGUGAGAGGAUUUUUGAUAGACCUUGAAAUAUUAAUAGUGACUCUAAAAGCAGCUGCUGUUGCAGCCAUUAUGUAGUCACUGCAGAAAUUGAUCUUGAACAAACCCAAUUUGCAAUAGUGGACUGGGUCAUAUUUAUUUUGUACACUGGCACAGGGAGUACAAAGUAGAAGACGAGCAGUUUUGUUUGAAGAAUUCAGGGAAAAUAAGUUGGAGCUUUAUAUGGUCACAUUCACUGGAAGAAGAUUACAAACUUUAUAUAUUGAAUUUUUUUCAAUUUAUGAAUAUGAACAUGUAUGAACACAACAAAAUUAGCUGGUAAUUUAGAUGUGUAUAUUUUGGUUAGGAUAUAGAUGCAUAAAACCAAGCAGAUGUGGUCUGGAGAAUGUAGGGUAGAAUUUUAAAAUGGGAAGCAGAUAUAUAGUGUUGGAUCUCUCAUGUCAGUGAAGUUACCAUUUGCGAUUGCAGGUCCUUCCCAGCUUAUGAAUGUCCAUCUUAGAUACAGUCCAUACAUACAAAUGAGGGUUUGGGAGACUGGCAGUAUGUAUUUACCGGCUGUUGUGGGACUGCAGGCAUCUUCUGCUGGAGACGCAAGAGACUGCAUGGACUAACAAACAACCUGCUGGAGGAACUCAGCGGGUGAAGCAGCAUCUGUGGGAGGAAAGGAACUGUCGACAUUGCAUGGCAAAAUUUCAGAUCCCGAUGCAGGGUUUCGACCCAAAACAGGGACAAUUCCUUUGCUCCCACAGAUGCUGCUCCACCUGCUGAGUUCCUCCAGCAGAUAGUUGGUUGCAUUAGGCAUCUUCUGCUGCCUGGGGUCUCAGUUCACGGCUGAAUUUUGGGUUAUGAACAGUUCACAGGAAUGGAACCCUGCUGUAAGCUGGCGACAACCUGUACUACAAGUGGAAUCUGCGGUGGUGAUAAAUGGUGGUUUUGAUCUUCUUUAGAUUUAAAUACCAUAGGUUUAAUGUUUGCAUUCAGUCUUCCCUAAUGGCACUACCUUAGUUGGUUUCAUUCAGGACAACUUCGUGUCUCAGUUCUAGUAAAGGCAAAACAACCAGACAAGGCAUGGACUCCUAUUUACCAGCUGGGGAUGUGAUAAGAUAUGGUGUGUGCCUGAUUCUCAUGAACCUGUAAACAAACAGCAGUUGGCACCUUGACAACUAAGGAAGUGGGUGCAAAAGCAAACUUUUUGCAACCAAAAUGCACCCUCAUCAUGUAGUUGCAGUCAUCAGUCUGCUACCUUGAUUGCAUUUUGUCCCAGAGUUCAGAAAUGUGGUGUAUUACAGAAAAAGAUUGAAAAUGUAUCGUCUGCAAGGAGUUAAUAUGAAAUCUGAAAGGGAAAGAGGGGUUAGUACUUUGAGUGGAAGUGCAGUAAAACUUCAAUAAUCCAUAGUCUGACCAUUCAGAAAUCCCAGUGGUUUGGCAUCUGGCUCACCAGGUAACAUCAGCCACUCUUCCUUCUGACUCACUGAAUAUCCAGUUCUCCCACUCCUUUCCCACCCACCAGGGCCCUGGUUCCCAUGCUCCCUUUUAUGCACUGGGGCACUGAUUCUCACACUCCUUUUGCACUCAUCAGGACUCCGCUUCCCUCACUCCUUUCUGACUCGUCAUGACACCAUUUCCCACGCUCCCUUCAGCUGAUUGGGGCUCCAGUUCCUGUUCUCUUUUUAAACUGACCAGAUUCCUAUUUCCUUUGCUUCCUGUAAACUUACUGGGUUCACUGGGAAACAGCUUUAAUACUGUGUAACAUCUUAAAAAAAAGUGAAUUAAAAAUGUGUUGGAGUUUUAGUAAUAACAUCCAAUAGUCCAAAAAAUCUGCUAGUCAGGCACCAUCAAACUCCAAACAUGUCUGAUUAUCAGAGUUUUCCUGCAUAUUAUCAAGGUUUUACUGCAUAUAGAAUUGAGCACUGCAUUAUUUAGCUCUGCACUGUGCUAUCAUGUAACAUAGAGUCCAUUGCUGUGAGUCACCUUGACUUUUACUCGUGAGUUGAGGAGUUAGAACCCUUGGUAAAUCCUGGACUGUUCAACCUACAUGGUGAGGGAGAGAGGACGGGGAGUGGAAUUAAUUGAAAAGCACUACAAAAGAGUUGACAUGGGCACAUUGGGCCACAUGGCCACCUCCUUUGUUGUAUCUUUCUGUGUUGAGAGACUGAUCCAUUUUAAUAAUUAAAACUUUCUCAUGAAAGUACCAUUGCAUGAUUCAACUUGAUUGAAGGAGCUAUAUCAAUGCACAGUCUGGUGUAUAUUUAUAACAUAAUUGCCCAUGGUUAACUUUGGUCCAGUGAAGAACAUGUGACAAAAUCUUUUUGAAGUUAGCAUGUGUGCAAUCUUAUUUUAAUAAUUUGGUGUGAUUAUAUAUAAGGAAAUGAAAAUAGAUGAGUUUCUCGGACUGAGAUUGUUUCUCACUGGAAGGCUGUGACUAUUGGUGUGCCUCAGGGGUCAGUGCUGGGCCUAUUGUUGUUUGUCAUCUAUAUCAACGAUUUGGAUAAGAAUGUACAAGGCGUGGUUAGUAAGUUUGCAGAUGACCCUAAAAUAGGUGGUAUAGUGGACAAUGAAGAAGGUUAUCAAAAAUUACAGGGGGAUUUUGAUCGGCUGUGUAAGUGGGCCAAGGAAUAGCAAAUGGACUUUAAUUCAGAUAAGUGCGAGGUGUUGCAUUUUGAAAAGUCAAAUCCAGGUGGGACUUCCACAAUGAAUGGCAGGACCCUGCGGUGUGUUGUCGAAGUACAAGUACAUGGUUCACUGAAAGUGAAGUCACAGAUAGACAGGGUGGUGAAGAAGGCUUUUGGCACGCAGUCCUUCAUCAGUCAGGGCAUUGAGUUGGGAGGCCAUGGUGAGGUUGUACAGGAUGCUGGUGAGGCUACACUUGGAGUAUUGUGUUCAGUUUUGAUCACCCUGCUAUAGGAAAAAUGUUAUUAAACUGGAAAGAGCACAGAAAAGAUUUACAAGGAUGUUGCCAUGACUUGAGGGACUGAAUUAUAGGGAGAGGUUGGACAUUUUAUUCCUUGGAGCGUAGGCAACAACUGAGAGGUGAUCUUAUAGAGGUGUAGAAAAUCAUGAUGGGCGUGGAUAGGGUGAAUGCACUCAGUCUUUUUCCCAGGUUUAUGGUGAGAGGGGAAAGAUUUAAUAAGAACUUGAGGAGCAACUUUUUUGCACAAAGGGUGGUAUCCAUGCGGAAUGAGCUGCCAGAGCAAGCUGGAUCUACGUUAUCACCCAUGUUACCCCUUCUAACACUCUUCAUCUAACACCAUCAGUGUAUCAUUCUAUUUCAUUCUCCAUCAAAUGUUUACCUAGGGCUUUCAUCGUUCCCUUUAGAUCCAGCUAUGUGGGUUGCCUCAAUCACUCCUUGCAGUAACAAGUUCCACAUUCUAACCACUCAUUGACAAAGGAGUUCCUUCUGAAUUCACUGCCAGAGUCAUUAGUGGCCGCCUUAUAUCGGCAUAAGCUUUGCUUUCCUCCAGUAGUGGAAGUUCUUCUUCCACAUCUGCUCUCUGUGCCCUUUAAAGAUCACUGUCUGGUCACGUCUCAGCCUUUUCCAGAGAAUAAAGCAACAAGCUGUUCAGUAUUUUUCAGUAGGUAUAACCUCACAAUCCUAGCUUCACUCUAUUGUAAAUCUUUUUUUGCAUCUUUUCCAGUGCUUUUAUCCUUGUAAUUUCCACAUUGUUUAAAUAAUGUCCUCUAUAACUUCAAAGUAACUUGUGCUUUCAAUUCUAUCCCUCUGGAAACAGACCUGUUUACUUUUUAAUGUCCCUACUGCUACUGUUUUGUGAAAACUCAGGUGAUUCAUGCUGUUCUCUGCUCAUUUGUCCCACUAGUUCAUUAUGGCCAAUGCAGAAAUUCUUUUAUCUGUCCCUGCCAUUAGUUUAUAAAAUGUUGAAUCUUGCUGUUUUCUGAAGGUUUCUGUGGUUUUCUCUUGGUCAAAGUUGGGGACCUCUUAAAGUCCUCACAUGUUUUCUUAUCCUGGUUUAACUAUAAAUGUUUUCAAAGUUUUACCUGUUCUUCCCUUGGAUUAUAGAAUAUUAUUUUGAUUUUUUUAAUGUUUUCUCUUUGGUGUUAAGGAUUAAAAAACAAUUUUGCAAAAGAACAUUUAUUAAGAAAUGCAAGUAAAACUAAUGCAGGUUCUCUCUGCUUGUUGCUUGUAACUAUGUUUAUCUUUCUUGCUAUUGCUGAUAAUGGCAGUAAAUCAAAAUCGGAAUCCAUGUCUGUAACUGCUGACCAGUGGAAUGUUUAAUACAAGGCUUUUGCAAUUCCGGCUUCUUCAUAAUGAAUCAAUGAGCUCUGCCUUAGUAUUAUAAAAUGGAAGGUAAUGACGCCUUGAGGAUAUGUGGUGAGGGAAAUAGUGAAAGAUAAAACACCAGUACACUAUGAAAGGUAUUCCAACAUUUGAGGCAGAAAUACUGGAAAUCUACUCCAGUAAUGUUUAGUGCUGCCACGAGGUGGGCUAAUGAAGGAAGGGUUCCAUUCUUUUCCACCUGCAUCGUUGGAGCAUUAAACAUCACCAGUGAGUCAAAGACUGUUUUUUCAUCUAAGUGAACUACCUGAAAGAAAUGAGUGCUUAUAUAAAAAAUACAUUUCAGUAAUUUGAACAAAUUUUUGUUCUGACAUUUCUAAAUGAGCUGCUUUGAUAGUCCUGGAGAUGAGUUUUACCUUGAUGUUUAGCAGUGUGAUACAAUUAAAACCUGUUAGGGACCAAAUUUAGUGUGAUAUCAUUGUACAUUAUUUACUCUGGAUAUAAAUCCAUAUCAGCUAAAGUAAAAGAAAACUAAGCAUGAUUUGGUAUGUAUAUGUUUAGUGACUGAAAUAGGAAUGGACUUAAGAAUAAUAAGAUCCAAGGUUUUUCCUUUCAAAUUGACUGUGAAAGGAUCAGCUAAAUAAUGCAUAAGUGACUGAACUGCUGUACUUCUGAUAUCUUAUAUAUAGUUUACUUCAAUUUCUUUUGUAUUUUGCUGCUAUUUUUAUAUGCUAUUUAAGAUGUUUUCUUAAUGGGAGUGGCCUGUGAUUCAACUGCUUUUGCACAAAUUUGUAUUUCUGUUACCUGAUUACUAGUGAUGUUCUAUUUGAUUACAAUAAGUACUUUAAUGUGUCCUUAUUUUAUAAGAGUUAUU